AUGUUUCAGCAACUAAAGAAACAACGAGAAGAAGGAAAAAAUGUCACGGAAUAUUUUAGUGCUAGACCUACAAAGAUAGAACUACUUAGACAACUUGAUACUUCAAGAAGAGAAGCAAACGAGCGUGUCCAACAAAUUCAAAAAGAAGCAAGUGAACAAGUAAAUGAUGUUAAGAAGCAAAUGGAUGAGAAACUUGCAGAGAUGAAUAGAAUAUGGGAGCAGAAAUUCAAGAUACUUUUGGAGAAAAACAAUAAUAUUGCAUCACCUAUGGAGGAUUCCCAAGAUGAUGAAAUUGGAGGAUGAUUUGCAGUAUAUUUGAAGUUUUGGAUUUUGAAGCAGCUAGCAG